AUACCAUAUUUAUUUAUAUUUUCAGUAAAAUAUGGCGAUCAGAUGGUAUCCUUAUCUCCUGGUUUUCUUUUUAACUUUAAUAAUCACAAUAAUAGCGGCACCCUCUUCUGAUACAACAAAAGAUGAUAAUGAUAAUAGUGUAUCGGAAUCUCCAGAUGUGAAAGAUAAAAGAUCUCAAGAAGAAAUUAUGUUCGGAAACCAACAAAAUAAACCAGCUAAUUUAAUGGAUGAUAUUAUAUCCUAUGAACAGAAAAAGGAUGAAGAACCCAUUUUUACUCCUGCUGUAAAUAAUGCGUCAGAAAUACAGAAAACUGAGAGUGAAAGUAAAGAAACUGAAAAUGAACAGUCUUCCAAGGUUACACCAUCUCAGAAUACACCCGAAACUAGACGAUAUGAUUAUUUAGAUUAUGUGGAUGAUAAUAGCGAACAAAGAUACUCUGAUAAUGAAUAUGGAAUAGCACCCAAUCAACAAAAUGAAGGACAGGGUGACGUUAUGGAACCUUCUUUGUAUUCGAUGC